UUGUCUGUGUUGUUGGUGCCGUCACCUGUCAAAACCUUGUCCCCAGCCAAGUGGCAGAUUCGCACCUGCCUUAGCGCUAGUCCUAAACAGUGGUAAACAGACCGCGCCUUUCCUCUUGGGAGCAGCCAACACCCCUGGAGCAGCCCACAUCACCAGCCAAACCCUUCACCGCAAAAUCAACAAUCCCAAUCUCAACGACUCCAUUGCCCGACAUCCUUCCUUCCAUCCACCACAACCUCUCCUUGUCUGCGGACUUCGACACUUCUUUUGCUUGCUCAAGCUCCUCCAACCGCAUUACAUCCUCCAUCAUCAACAAUCGCCAAAAUGCGUGAGAUUGUUCACCUCCAGACCGGCCAAUGCGGUAACCAAAUUGGUGCCGCCUUCUGGCAAACCAUCUCUGGCGAGCACGGCCUCGACAGCAACGGCGUCUACAAUGGCACUUCGGAGCUCCAGCUGGAGCGCAUGAGCGUCUACUUCAACGAGGCUUCCGGCAACAAGUACGUUCCACGCGCCGUCCUCGUCGAUCUCGAGCCCGGUACCAUGGAUGCCGUCCGCGCUGGCCCCUUCGGUCAGCUUUUCCGUCCUGACAACUUCGUCUUCGGCCAAUCCGGUGCCGGCAACAACUGGGCCAAGGGUCAUUACACUGAGGGUGCCGAGCUCGUCGACCAGGUCCUUGACGUCGUCCGUCGCGAGGCGGAGGGUUGCGACUGCCUCCAGGGCUUCCAGAUCACUCACUCGCUCGGCGGUGGUACCGGAGCUGGUAUGGGUACGCUGUUGAUCUCCAAGAUCCGCGAGGAGUUCCCCGACCGCAUGAUGGCCACCUUCUCGGUCAUGCCUUCCCCCAAGGUCUCUGACACCGUCGUCGAGCCGUACAACGCCACCCUCUCAGUCCAUCAGUUGGUUGAAAACUCGGACGAGACCUUCUGCAUUGACAACGAGGCUCUGUACGACAUCUGCAUGCGAACCCUCAAGCUGUCCAACCCCUCGUACGGUGACCUGAACCACCUGGUCUCCGCCGUCAUGUCGGGCGUCACCACUUGCCUGCGCUUCCCCGGUCAGCUCAACUCGGACCUUCGCAAGCUCGCCGUCAACAUGGUGCCCUUCCCUCGUCUGCAUUUCUUCAUGGUCGGCUUUGCUCCCCUCACCAGCCGUGGCGCCUACUCCUUCCGUGCCGUCACCGUCCCCGAGUUGACUCAGCAGAUGUUCGACCCCAAGAAUAUGAUGGCUGCUUCUGACUUCCGCAACGGUCGUUACUUGACCUGUUCUGCCAUCUUCCGUGGUAAGGUCUCCAUGAAGGAGGUCGAGGAUCAGAUGCGCAACGUUCAGAACAAGAACUCGUCCUACUUCGUCGAGUGGAUUCCCAACAACGUGCAGACGGCUCUGUGUUCCAUCCCCCCCCGUGGCCUUAAGAUGUCUUCGACUUUCGUCGGCAACUCCACCGCCAUCCAAGAACUCUUCAAGCGUGUCGGCGAGCAAUUCAGCGCCAUGUUCCGACGUAAGGCUUUCUUGCAUUGGUACACUGGUGAGGGUAUGGACGAGAUGGAGUUCACUGAAGCCGAGAGCAAUAUGAAUGAUCUCGUCAGCGAAUACCAGCAGUACCAGGAUGCCGGUGUUGAUGAGGAGGAGGAGGAGUACGAGGAGGAGGCCCCUAUGGAGGAGGAGGUUUAAACGCACGGAGCAGCUGAUACCCAGCAACGGUAUGCGCAUUGCCUGUGCAAUCUGGACGAGUGCUGGAUAUACCACAAGCCUCGUUCGCCGUUGUCUCAAGUCACAACGCCCCGCGUCCCCCUCCACCCUCCAACUCGACUUGGCCAACACACUUUUCUCACCUCGACCUUCAUUGCGGUGUUUAGUAAUGGAUUGAUCAGUUAUGGUCAAUUGAAGGUUCUACGGGGUGUUUAUUAGAUAUACCUCUACGGUGUGGAUCGCAUCACAGAAAGGAGACUUUAUUCAUUGCGUAGUAGUUACAAGAGU